UUGUUUUAUUCAACAAAAAAGAAACCCUCGUUUACAGAGCAAGUAGAACGAGUGAGGGUCGAAAUUUGCCUGUCUUUCCAAGUUCUAUCAGCAACUGUUUUUUUUUGGACAAUUGCCUUUGUUUCACACAAUAUCUCGGUGAUUUCACCAACGCCAUUUGCAUAAGAAUCACGUGGUGUGCCAGUGCAGCGAAAAGUGUCGCAAUUUUGUUUCUCUGUAUUCUCGAAACGACCAUAAGCAUCCCCUGUUUGGAUUUUACUGAAUUUCAUCGAGUGAACACGAAGCAUUUUCGACAAUGGUUUCCCAUUUACAUCUGACGCUCGUCGCUUUCUCAGUUGUGGUGGCGGCGGUAGUUGUGCUGAGCGCGCCGACCGAUUCUACGACGCACGGGCAUGACUUUCACGGAGAUUUCGAAGCGGCCGACGAUGACUACGACGAUUACGACAAGGAGGAAGAGAUGGACUCGUCUUUCAAGAAACCGAAUUUCACGUCGACGCCGCAACAUUUCCGCGUCCGGGUAGGCGACUCUGUCCGUUUGCCGUGCGAGAUCGACGAACUCGGGCCUGGAUACACUUUGUUGUGGAAACGAGAAGAAGGCGACAUCCUGACGGCCGGUUCCGUUCUCAUUGUCAAGGAUACUCGCAUUUCGCACGAGGGCAAUUCACUCAUCAUACGAAACAUCUCUUUGGCCGACCAGGGAUCUUAUAUCUGCCAGAUCUCAACCCAAGAUCAAAGGGAGCUCAGACAUGUCAUCGACAUUCUCGUGCCACCUAGCGUGAAACCUGUUCCACCAACUGGGCUGGCUGUUGUUAAGAAAGGCGAACCGGUGACUUUGUCUUGCGAAGUCGCAGGUAAUCCCCUUCCGGUCGUCACCUGGACUCGCGAGGGAGCUAAGAAAUUCCCUGAUGGACAGCGGACCAUGCUGGGCCAUACGAUAACCUUCGUCAAAACCGACCGACACCACUCUGGCGUCUACACGUGCACAGCCGAAAACUCGGAGGGCAGCCCGGCCAAGGGCGUCAUCAAUCUAGAAGUCACCUAUGAGCCGGAAAUCGAAGUGGAAGUCAACUUUGUGACGAUCGCCGAGGGAUACAAUGCGGAACUGACGUGCACCGUCCACGGCGAGCCCAAACCCAAUGUGUUCUGGACGAAGAAUGGAGAGCGUCUCGAAUCGGCCAGCGGACCUAAUUCACCUCAUCAUCGUUACGUGCAGACGUCGACUGGUUCCCGCCACGUCCUCUCCAUCGAUAACGUCCAGACUCACGAUUUCGCCAAUUACACUUGCCACGGCGAGAACCGAUUCGGCCGCGACCACAAAACCAUCGAAAUGACCGGUGUUGCUAGCAUGGCGACGCUGAAGCGCAACAAACCGCUGACCAACGGCGUCGAGCUGGAAUGGGUCACCGUCAGUCACACUCCGUUGAUGGAGUACCGUCUUCGUUAUCGACGCCCCUCGGCUUCUCAUUGGGAAGAGCUUUUGCUCAAGGCUAACGAGCAAGAUUCUGAACAAGGAGGUAUGCUCUUCAAUCACGUUCACCAACUUCAUGGACUGACGUCUGCGACGGAACACGAAUUGACGAUCGAGUCUAAGAACAAGUUCGGCUGGUCGAGACCCCUACACGUCGAGUUCACCACUUUGCCUGAAGAAGCAGCAGUGCAUGAAGCUGGACGAGUGACGUCCGCUGCCUGUCAGACAAGCUGGUCCGUCGUGUCUGCUACGAUCGUUUUAACAUUGGCCGCUAUUCUUUGUUAGAAAUUAAAUUUAAAAAAAAAGAAGGAAUAGGACAACAGAUAAAUUGCGACCAUCCGUGGACGUCAGAAAUCAGAGCUCCCCCCACCAUUCAUCGUCAACAAGUCCGAAAAUGGCCGCGUUGUUAUUUUGGAAA